AUGGAUCUGGACAAGCGCAAACACAGACCUAAAACAUCAGCGACAGGAUCAGCAAGUCAGAUGAUCGUUCAAAGUCUUGACCUUCCCCAAGGACAGCAGGUUGUGAUAAAACAAAAUGACAUCAUCGGAUGGUACAGUUCAUCAAGUGACAUGGUUCCAUAUAAAUCGGGAGCGGGAUCCGCCGGUGGUAAUUAUUUACAGGUGUUUGCCACGCCUCCUUCCGUGGGAGCAUCCUAUGAAUGGAGUACAGCCAAUUUCUUCAGUCAACGUUCAUACGCUGUUCAAUCCACAAUAGAAGCAAACGUCGCACCAACAUUUAAAAACCUUCCAGCAACCAAGACGUUCCAGGACAAAACUCCCGCGACAACAAUAAUGACAGUGACCGUAACAGACGAUAAUUCAGCAGAUGUAGCGACCCUCUCAGUCAGCCUGAAAACGCACACGGAUAAAUUUGAGGUGUCUUCGAACACGGUUUCUCCAAAAGCUGGAUGGACCUGGUCAGUGGGAACCUUUGACGUUAGUGUUGUUGUUACUGACCAGUGUGGGAACUCAGGGACAGAAACCUUAACAAUCGUCAUAGAAAAUACGGCACCUGAUAUCUCCAUCCUUCCAUCAGCUUCAGACCUGUCUGAAGUCGUGACGUCAGAGACUAAGCUCGGAGACCUCACUGUUACGGACGUACAAACUUAUACGUGCUCUAUUCAUGACGUCACUCCAUCCUCUGGAACCGCGAAAUUUACUCUCAAGCAGGCAUCAGGGUCUUCGGUGUAUUCGAUUUACUCUGCGGAAAACCCAAACUUUAUAUACUCAAUAGUAUCCCAGUAUAAGGUCAACGUGACGUGUACCGAUGUCUAUAGUUUGACGUCAUGGGAAGAAUACACUGUUAAUAUCAUACCAAAUAAGCCACCAGUACUCGACAAAUUACCAGCUGGUGUGAUUUCUGUAAAAGACAAUAUUGACUAUGAAAGUCUUCGAACACUUAAUCAACUAACGUAUGACGUCACAGUAACUGCAAACGACGGCAGGGAGAGUUCUAUCCCCCAAACAAUGACGAUACUUGUUACUGAUGUAAAUGAACAACAGACAGGGUUUGUUAAAUCGGUAUAUGCCAUAGAAACAGGAGAAGGAAAGUCAGGAGACGUGUUGACCAAUCCCUUUACGGGUACGCAAGUUAUAGAUCCUGAUUUCAAUGAUGUUCAAACUUUUACCAUGGACUGUGGCACCAACCAAGGAAAAUUUCGUAUGGAUCCAAAUACAGGUUCUAUAACCCAGUCUGUAGAAUACGACCUUGAUUCUGUUGGGAAGGAACAGGAAGUAGUGACAUGCACAGUCACGGCAACGGACAAAGGCGGACAUACUAUAUCGACUCAACUCUCCAUCACAAUAAAUGAGAUAAAUGAUAACGCACCUGUUCUAGACAAAGGGAGCUACUCUUUCUUCGUUUCACAGUGCGCAUCAGUCGGGUCCUCGGCAGGCCAAGUAACUGCCACUGACAAGGACAUUAAACAGGAGCACAAGGACGUGACCUUUACUCUCACUUCAGGGGCGGGGUUUUUGGUAGGGAAUGAUGGUACAAUUCAUGUUGCUCAAGAUUUGUGUGAUGUACCCGUGGGCACCAAAUAUGACCUAACUUUAACUGCAGCUAACGCAGACGGAUUACAAGAUACUGCUCCAGUUACUAUUGUAAUCACAGACCCGACUACCACCACUUCUACAACAACCACUACCACCACCACUACGACUGCGCCACCUAGUUCCGGGGGAUCAAGUAGCUCCACGGGCGGAUUCUUUGACAACCCAGAAAACCUGGCUUGGUUCAUACCCACAGUACUUCUGGCAGCUUUGAUGGUGGCUCUGUUGAUUUACUUCUUGUACAAGUGUUUCCGUCAUCCUGGUUUGUUGUCAAGAGUUUGCUGCAAGAAGAAAACUUCACCAAAACAUAAAGGUACACUGAGAGAAAAUAAGUGA